GCCCGUCGGUUGCGGAGAAACGGCCGGCCAAUUUGGAUCUCGCGGUCUGAACAGUAUAGUACGUUUACUGCACCCCGAUCCGCCAGGGAUAAAACGGGUAAUAAAAAUUCAAUGGUGAGAAAGGCAAGGACUACUUUGGACCUCCACGAGCGAUCCCUUUCCCAAAAACCAAUCGACGGCAUAUCCCCCACCCCUCCUCCGCCCCCCUCCGCCAAUCUCCACGUUGCGCGAGAGAUUAGGGUUUCCCGCCCUCCUCUCCCAGCUAAACCCUAACUCCCCAAUGCCGGGAAAGAGGCGGAGAGCGCUCCAUCUCUGCGAGAUGGGCUCGUUCCCCUGCGCCCGCCCUCCUCCGGCUGGCGACGGGGGCGGAGGAGCGGGCUACUCGAGGGUAGUAUACUGCAACGAUCCGGGGUGCCCGGAGGCGACGCAGCUCGACUACCCGGGGAAUGCCAUCUCCACCACCAGAUAUACGGUCGCCAACUUCAUCCCCAAGUCCCUCUUCGAGCAGUUUCGGCGGGUGGCGAACGUGUUCUUCCUCAUCGUCGGCAUCGUCUCCUUCAGCCCCCUCGCCCCUUACCGGGCCGUCAGCGUCCUUUUGCCGCUUAUCGUGGUCGUGGGGGCCACCAUGAUCAAGGAGGCCUUUGAGGACUGGCGGCGAAAGAAGCAGGAUAUAGAGGUCAAUAAUCGAAAGGUCCAAGUAUAUGAUGGGACUCGUGCUUUUUACCAAACAGAAUGGAAGAAGCUUAGAGUUGGAGAUAUUGUUAAAGUGGAGAAGGAUGAGUUCUUCCCUGCUGAUCUGCUCUUUCUUUCUUCAAGUUUCGAUGAUGGCAUUUGUUAUGUUGAGACCAUGAACCUUGAUGGAGAGACAAACUUAAAACGAAAACAAUGUUUGGAGGUAACAACAACCUUGCACAAUGAAUGUUCUUUUCACAAAUUUAAAGCAUUAAUCAGAUGUGAAGAUCCAAAUGAAAAAUUGUAUUCUUUCAUUGGGACUAUGCAAUAUCAAGGUGCACAAUAUCCCCUUGCACCACAACAAAUUCUUCUGAGAGAUUCUAAACUCCGAAACACCCAGCAUAUAUAUGGUGUAGUGAUUUUCACAGGACAUGACACUAAGGUAAUGCAGAAUGCAAUGGAUCCUCCUUCCAAGAGGAGUAAUAUUGAGAGGAGAAUGGACAAGAUUGUAUAUGUUCUUUUUUCAGGUCUGGUUCUUAUCGCUUCCACUGGAUCCAUCUUUUUUGGAAUCAAAACUAAGGGAGAAAUUAGUGAUAGAAAUUAUAGGUGGUAUAUAAGACCAGAUAAAUCAUCUAUCUACUUUGAUCCUAGCAGAGUAGCACUGGCUGCUUUCUUUCACUUUCUGACUAGCCUUAUGUUGUAUGGUUGCUUGAUCCCAAUCUCAUUAUAUAUAUCGAUAGAGAUAGUUAAGGUCUUACAGAGUACCUUCAUUAAUCAAGACCGGGAGAUGUAUUGUGAGGAAACUGAUAAGCCUGCAUGUGCUCGCACAUCAAAUUUGAAUGAGGAACUUGGACAGGUGAAUACUAUACUAUCAGAUAAAACUGGUACACUGACAUGCAACUCGAUGGAGUUUGUGAAAUGUUCCAUAGGUGGUGUUGGUUAUGGCAGUGGUUUGAGUGAAGCAGAGGAGGCUGUAAGAAGAGGAUCACAGUAUGAGUCGUCUGAACUUAAAGAUCCACCUAUCAGUUCUGAGGGGUAUAACUGUGCUGCAGUCACUAGAAAAUCAGUCAAGGGAUUCAACUUUAAAGAUGAUCGAUUGAUGAAUCGGCAGUGGAUUAAGGAACCACAGUCAGAUGUUAUACAGAAGUUCUUCCGCAUACUAGCAAUCUGUCAUACUGCCAUUCCUUUGGUAAAUAAUUCUUCAGGUGAUAUUUCUUAUGAAGCUGAGUCCCCAGAUGAAGCAGCUUUUGUGACGGCUGCAAGGGAACUUGGUUUUCAAUUUUAUGAAAGAACCCAGACAAGCAUCUCAUUGCAUGAGUUUGAUCCUAACAUUGGCAGAAAAGUUGAUAGGACUUAUAAACUUCUUAAUAUCUUAGAAUUUAGCAGCACUCGCAAGAGAAUGUCUGUAAUUGUGAAAACUGAAGAGGAUCAGCUAUUGCUUUUUUGCAAGGGAGCAGACAGUGUGAUCUUUGAAAGGCUUGCCAAGAAUGGACAAGAAUUCGAGGCUAAGACCAAAUGCCACAUUAAUUAUUACUCCGAGGCUGGUUUGCGAACGCUGGCAAUUGCUUACCGUAAACUCAGUGUGGAAGAGUACAAAAAGUGGCAUGAGGAAUUUUUACUGGCCAAAAGUUCUGUCAAUGCUGAUCGUGAUGCUAUUGUGGAUGAAACAGCUGAAAAAAUUGAGAGAGAUUUGAUUCUUGUGGGUGCUACAGCUGUUGAGGACAGAUUACAAAAGGGGGUUCCGGAGUGUAUUAACAAGCUUGCUCAAGCUGGAAUCAAGAUAUGGAUUUUAACUGGUGAUAAGUUGGAAACUGCAAUUAACAUAGGGUAUGCAUGCCAAGUACUGAGGAAAUGUAUGAAGCAAAUUGUGAUCACUCUGGAUACUCCAGAUAUUGAUGCCUUAAAAAAAGGAGAGAAUAAUGCCAUUGAAAAGGCUUUACAUGAAAGUGUUGCCAAGCAAAUACGUGACGCACAUUCUCAAGUUUCUGUGUUGAAAGGGAGUUCUGGUCUCUUUGCUCUCAUUAUUGAUGGCAAUUCUCUGGCUUUUGCUCUCUCGAGAAGUUUGGAGAACUUGUUUCUAGAUCUGGCAGUUGAUUGUGCAUUUGUUAUUUGUUGUCGGACUUCACCUAAACAAAAGGCCUUGGUCACUAGAUUGGUGAAAAGGAGUACAAGGAAAACCACACUAGCAAUUGGUGAUGGGGCAAAUGAUGUUGGCAUGCUUCAAGAGGCUGACAUUGGCGUUGGAAUUAGUGGAGUUGAGGGUAUGCAGGCUGUGAUGUCUAGCGAUUUUGCAAUAGCUCAAUUUCGUUUUUUGGAGCGUUUGUUGCUAGUGCAUGGGCAUUGGUGUUACAGGCGGAUUGCAGCCAUGAUAUGCUACUUUUUCUACAAGAACAUCACAUUUGGCUUUAUCCUUUUCUGGUUUGAGGCUCAUGCUUUUUUCUCCGGACAGCCUGCUUAUAAUGAUUGGUACAUAUCUUUCUACAAUGUUGCCUUCACGUCUCUUCCUGUGAUUGCUCUUGGGGUUUUUGAUAAGGAUGUUCCAUCACGUAUUUGCCUCAAGUUCCCUUCGUUGCACCAAGAUGGUGUGCACAACAUCUUUUUCAGCUGGCCUCGUAUUCUAGGAUGGAUGCUUAAUGGAGUUUGCAGUUCAGUCAUAAUUUACUACUUCACAACCAGUGCCAUCCUGCAACAGCCAUUCAACAAGGAUGGUCAUGGGGCAGGAACUGACAUCCUUGGUGCAGCCAUGUAUACCUGUGUCGUGUGGACAGUAAAUUGCCAGUUGGCACUGUGCCUCGGCUACUUCACAUGGAUCCAUCACGUCUUCAUCUGGGGCAGCAUCUUCUUUUGGUAUAUAUUUUUAAUAAUCUAUGGUUCAUUUCCUCCAACGAUAUCCACCACUGCAUACCGGGUUUUCUUGGAAGCCUGUGCCCCAAGUCCCCUGUAUUGGCUCAGCACACUCUUUGUUGUCAUCUCAGCCCUAUUGCCUUACUUUCUCUACUCGACAUUCCAAAGAACAUUCUUUCCAAAGUACUAUAAUAUAAUCCAGAGUGUACGGUUGGAGAAUCAUUGACAACUUGGAACACCAGAAGGGUAGUUUUUAAUUUUACCUGAAGUGUUUGUACAAAUCAAACAGGGCAUUGUUUCCCUGGUUAUCUAGCCUCAUAGUACACUAUAUGAAUGUAAGUAAAAAUUUUUAAUGUAUACAAGUGCUAAGCAUGAGAAAGAAAGGAUAAAGGAUGUAAGAGAUGAUGAUUUGCCAGUGCAUUAAAGAACAUUUUCUUUUUUGUGGUCCUA